UUGGCAGGGAAUGGCUUUCAAAAAUAAAGCUGAAUUGGUGUGACUUGAAAAUGCUCCACACGUUCCAGUCCAAAGAGAAAGGCACAGACCAAACACUGGAACACUUGCGGAAUAAAUACAACACAGUUUUCAGUGAUCAGAUGGGAACAGUAAAAGGCUUCACAGCAAAACUUGUACUAAGAGAUGAUGCAACCCCAAAAUUCUGCAAAGCCAGAUCUGUUCCAUACUCCCUGAGACCAAAGGUGGAAGCGGAAAUCGAUCGCUUGCAGGAUACAGGGAUCCUGACGAAAGUGGACAGAAGCGAAUGGGCCACACCCAUAGUUCCUAUUGUGAAGAAAGACGGGUCUGUUAGAAUGUGUGGGGACUUCAAGGUAACUGUGAAUCCAAUGUUGCAUGUGGACCAAUACCCCUUACCACGCCUGGAUGACAUCUUUGCUGCACUAGCUGGUGGGAAACACUUCAGUAAAAUCGAUCUGAAACAGGCUUACCUGCAGCUACCGGUUGAAGAGAGUUCCAAACAGUACCUGACAAUAAACACACACAAAGGUCUAUACAUGUAUAACCGCCUGGUGUUUGGCAUUGCAUCAGCCCCAGCCAUUUGGCAACGAACUAUUGACCAGAUUUUGCAAGGAAUCCCAGGAACCCAGUGUAUCCUGGAUGACAUGAUCAUAACAGGAUGCACAGACAAAGAGCACCUGGCUAACCUGAAGAGGUCCUGAAAAGACUGAAAGAGUAUGGUCUACAGGCAAACUUAAAGAAGUGUGAGUUCUUCAAAGACAAGAUUGUCUUCUGUGGACAUAAGAUUGACUGUAAGGGAUUGCACAAAACACAGGACAAAAUCGAGGCAGUGGUACAGGCACCACGACCACAAAAUAUCACAGAAGUGAGAUCUUUCACGGGACUGAUCAAUUACUACAGAAGAUUCCUCCCAAACCUUUCAGCAGUACUCCAGCCUCUAAAUCAGCUCCUGGAAAAGAAUAGGACAUGGCGGUGGACAGAGCAAUGUGAAAAUGCAUUUCUGGAGGCAAAACGGCUCAUAACAUCUGAACAGGUCCUGAUGCAUUACGACCCUGAAAUGCCAGUGAAGUUGGCUUGUGAUGCGUCCCCUUAUGGAUUAGGGGCAGUCCUUUCACACACACACUGAAAGAGGGGUCAGAGAGGCCAGUUGCAUUUGCGUCACGAACAUUGAAUGAUGCAGAGAAAAACUACUCACAAAUCGACAAAGAAGCACUGGCACUAGUGUGGGGCGUCAAGAAAUUCCACGCAUACCUAUAUGGCAAGCGUUUCACACUGGUUACAGAUCACCAGCCGUUGCUUUCCAUUUUCAGUCCAAAGAAAGGCAUUCCGGCAAUGUUAGCAGCCAGGUUACAGCAA